AUGAUUUGGAUAAAAAAAAUUCCUUCUCCCACUCCUCAUCACCUCAGAAACUACAACCUCUCACUCAGAGAUCAGCACGCUACAUUUCAUUACAUAUCAGUGGCUUUCUACUACUCUACUCCCACUACUAUUGGUGGUGGUGAAUCUGAAGAGAUGGUCGGUCUAAUAUCGGAACGCUUGAAGGUUUCCCUCUCUGAAACCCUCACUCGCUUCUACCCACUUGCUGGAAGAUUGAGAGACAAUCUCUUAGUCGAUUGCAACGAUGAUGGUGUUGAUUUUGUUGAAGCUCGAGUCAUUAACAACUUCCAUCUUUCAAACUUUCUUGAUGAACCCAAACUUAAAGUCAUCGAUCAUUUGGCUCCACCCGAACCAACAGAUUACUACAAGUCCCCUCUUUUACUCGUUCAAGUCAACUUUUUUCCAUGCAACGGAGUUGUCGUUACUGUGAGAAUGUCGCACAAAAUUGCUGAUGGAUUCUCCUUUGGCAUAUUUAUAAAGGGUUGGUCAGACAUCGUUCUUGGAUCUACUGACACCAUAGUCCCAGAUUUUAAUGCUGCCUCCUCUCGCUUCCCUCCAAGAGACGAUUGUUAG